CACAGGAAAGGAAGAAACACCAAAACAUGCAUGGUAAAAUUGUUAUGUAGUAAGUUCCAAAAUAAGUUAAAAUAUCUUUGUUGGACGUGUGUAGAUAUUUUAAACUAUGAUUUAAUCUAACAUGAUUUGUGCGUUCUUUACAUUAUAAUCUGAGAAGAUGGAUUUAACCAAGUUACAAUACUUGACCAAGCAUGUAUUUUUAUGCAGAUGUGCAUGGAGGUUAUCCAAAAAACAUGUUAUUGGGAGAUGGUACAUGAAUUUUUCAAAAUGCAAACCAGUCAGCUUUUCUCCAUGUACCUUACAAUAUGCUAAAGUGGGUGGGUCACCGUAUCUUAAACAAAGUUUAAAGAUUAAAUCGUUAAAGACAGUAUCAUUAGUCCCAGCAAGGACUUUUUCUUUGACAGCUUGCACGUUCAAGAGCAAAAAUCACAGCAUAGAUCAGGACAGUUUAGAGGAAGAUGAAAUUGAUGAGGCAGAAAUAGAGGAGCUGUUUCAGCAACAGAUCCCUGUAGGUAUCGGUGAAGAAGACCACAGGGUCUUUAUCGUUCAUCCUGACGUGAAAUGGGGCAGCAAAAAGCAACAUCUAACCACAGCGGCACUUCAAAUGGAUGAGGCUGUUGGUCUGGUGAACACCUUGCAGAACUGGACUGUUAUUGACAAGAUCAUCCUCUCUACCAAGACACCAGAAAAGAAAAAAAUAUUCGGCAAGGGAAACUUUCAGACUCUUACAGAGAAGAUCAAAGCAACAGCUGGGGUCACGGCUGUCUUUGUGAACGUGGAGCGUCUUUCGCCGCCAUCAGAAAAAGAACUGCAGGAAGCUUGGGGAGUUAAAGUUCUUGAUAGAUACUCACUGGUUCUCCAUAUCUUUCGUUGCAAUGCUAAAACAAAAGAAGCCAAACUGCAGAUCUCUUUGGCGGAGAUACCCUUGCUCAGAUCCCGGCUCAGAAAUGAAGUAGCAAACUUAGACCAGCAAGGUGGGGGCUCAAGGUACAUCAUGGGCUCAGGUGAAACCCUGUAUGAAGUACAGCAGCGGUUGUUGAAGGAAAGAGAGCUUAAGAUCCGUUCAGCCCUGGAGCGACUUAGGAGGAAGAGACACCUUCUCCGCUCCCAACGUAAACAGAAAGACUUUCCCAUCAUCUCCGUCAUGGGUUACACUAACUGCGGUAAAACAACUUUGAUUAAAGCACUGACUGGUGAUGCUGGUCUCCAACCUAAAGAUCAGCUCUUUGCCACCUUGGAUGUUACAGUACACGCAGGACAGCUACCAAGUCACAUGACUGUACUUUAUGUAGACACCAUUGGAUUUCUGUCCCAGCUCCCUCACCAGCUUAUUGACUCUUUCUCUGCCACCCUGGAAGAUGUCGCACAUUCAGACCUCAUAAUUCAUGUGAGAGACAUUAGUCAUCCAGAAACUGUUAAUCAGAAGGUCAAUGUACUGAAUGUACUGAAGAAUCUUCAGAUUCCAGAUCGGCUAUUUGACAACAUAAUAGAGGUGCUCAACAAGAUUGACCUUGUUGAAGGAUACCAGGACAGUGAUCCUGAGGUUCUUUCUAUAUCGGCUCUGAAACAACACGGGCUGGAUGUAUUAAAAGAAAAGAUCGAAGAAGCGGUCUUGAAGUCUACUGGAAAACAAACUAUGACCCUCAAGGUGCAGCUCAACAGCCCUCAAUUAGCGUGGCUGUAUAAGGAGGCAACAGUUCAGGCAGUGGAUGAUGUGGGAGAUGAUUGUAUUGCCAACGUCAAGGUCAUCAUUAGCCAAGCUGCAUAUGGCCGCUACAGGAAGCUGUUUCAGGUCACCUAGCAACAGACGGCCAGCUUCACAGACUACCAAAUCAUUUAAACACUCACUGCAGUAAUGUUGUGUAAAUAUUUAUUUGCUAAUAAUGCACUCAAACGUUUUCAAUAAAUUCAAUUAGACGACAAAGUGAAUUAGUGUAAAUGUCAAAUAUUAAAUGUGUAAAAAAACAGUAGUAAAAUAUGUGCAGGUUGUCUUUUUAUCAAAAAUGUGCAAGUUUUAACCCCACUGAGAAAUCACUUUCAGCAUGAUCGAAAAAUAUAAACACUCUAAUAUAACGCUCUCAUAAACAUACUGACAAGUAAUGUGCAGUGUCAGCAUUUAAGCUUCAUAGAAACUGCAUACACUAUAGAGCGAUGAACACUGUACAAACAUUAAGCUUGUAAACUGUCAGAAUAAAUGGUCACUGGGGCGGUAAUCUUUUAAAAAGUACACCUUUGUACCCAAAUAGUUCAUAACAGUACCUCAAAAGUACAUAUUUGUACAAAAUCUAUACCUAAAUGCUACAUAUUAGGACUUUUUUAAAAGGGUACCACCCCAGUAAAAGCUAGGGAGCAUU